AUGGCCCGCAUUCGGCCUGAUAUACUCGGCCUAUCCAUGAUGAACAAUGUGGUCCUUCCGGACGAACUAGCCACGUUAUUAUGUACCGGUUCGGGAACCGGGUCGACACUGCAGCAACCUGAGCUUGGCCAGAUCUUCAUCCCGCACAAGUGCACCUCCGCCCGCCCUCCUGGUGGCAUCGUAUUCCAUCCUGAAGUCCAUCACCCGCUGAACAAACUUUCCCUCAGCGUCCGAUCCCGCUCUCCGACGUGGCAAUACUUCAUCGGCAUGAAGGGCAGUGCCGUGGAGCGCUCGUACGAAAUCAACUUUGAGCAGAAUCCCAUUCCAGCCGUUGAUGAGCUCAAGGAGCCAAAAGUUCUUGGCACAAUAGAGAUUACCAUUGAAGCGGGGGCCAACAAGACCAAGACGAAAAGCGUGUGUCUGGUGGUUGGGUUAGAGCCGUUGGCAGAGAAUCCAUUUGGUACGCCUGCAUUGUACUUUGUUCCAUGGUGCGGGUUUGAGGAGCAGGACAAAAUUGCCCGUGCCGAGCUUGAGAGGGUAUUAGAUAAGACGUCGAGGAGAGGGGUCCUUGUGUUGGGCAAUGACGUUGUGGUUGGGACAUUUGGGUUGGAGACAAGGUAUUCGAGGUUGGUAUUUACGUUGAAGCUUGAAACCAAGGAGAUGAGGGAUAUGAGAGGGUUUACUUGGUCGAAGUGA